CGUCCUUUGUUCCGUGCUGCUGCCUGGGCGCGCUAAACGCACGUGUCUGAGCGAAGCCCUGUGGUUCAACUCGUUGACGGCUUGACCAAAAAAGUUGGCUUGACGCACAGAGCGAAAUGUUCACUAACGUCGACGUCCGCGGUGUCCCACGAGGGCGAUGCGGUGGGGAAUACUGCGAAUGCGACGGCUUCACGCGUUCUUGCACGGAGGCCUCCGGCGGUGCUAGAGGCUGUGUCCAGUGUGGCUGGUGCUGCUACUGCGGACAUCCGCCGUUCAGUCACAGUCGCAUCGAGAGAAAUGUUUCUGGCCGUCAGGAAAUCCUCCCGAUCACCUGGAACGGUGCACGCCCACCAACGCUUGAUCCGUCCACACAAUGUGAGUGGAACGGUAUAGUUGAAGCAGCACAGCCCACGACGGAUGAAGUCAUUGUGCUGGAACCUGUUGAGGAGGUGCGCGAGACUGCCGCUCCUGAAAACGAAGCGCCCGAGGUGAUUGUGCUGCCCGCUGAAGAGGAACAGUCGGAUCAGAACUUGGGGCUAAAGAGAAACCACUGUGAUGAGGAUGCUCCCAGUUUGGACGCUUGCACUUUGGCAAACAGCGAUCUUUUGCAGAAGGUUGAAAACCUGGAGAACGAGAUAAAGGACCUGAAGAAGCGUCAGAACGAGGAGGGCACGGAAAAACUCAAGCCUCUUGUUAUUGGCAAGUCCGCCUAG